ACCCCAAAUUACGCUCCCAACCCUUUCCCUAAACACCACUUCGCAACGCAAAAUUUACACUUCUUCUGCUACUGCCGCUGCCAUUUCUGCUUUCAUUUUGCUUACUUUCAAGAUAUGGGUAAGCUUCCUCCUUUUAUUCUUCGUUUGGUUGUUAAUGCUGGAAGCCAUCUUUCUAAUUUGCACUCUUUUUCUUCUUCUUCUAACACCAUUGCUACCCACAUCGAAUGCCUAAGUAAGAAACCCAUGUCCAUGCCUGUUAGAGGAAAGGGAAAAAGAGACCACCACUUCGAUAAUGUUGAUCAUGCUUUGAUUUUGUUCAAUAAGAUGAUUGAAAAGUACCCAAAGCCUUCAAUUGUGGAAUUCACUAAAUUAUUUGCAGCCAUUGUUAGAAUGAAACAUUAUGCCAUUGUUGUUUCUAAGUAUAGACAGAUCGAAUUAUUGGGAGUUUCCCAUGAUGUUUAUUCUAUGAGCAUCUUGAUUAAUUGCUUUUGUCAAUUAGGUCGAAUUGAUUUUGGGUUUUCUGUUUUGGGGAAAAUGCUGAAGUUAGGUGUUGAGCCUGAUGUUGUAAUUUUUUCAACUUUGAUUAAUGGGCUUUGUAAUCAAAGUAAGAUUUCUGAGGCCGUUUGUAUGUUCGAUGAAAUGAUUGAAAAGGGGUAUCAACCUACUUCGAUUGUUUACAGUACAAUGCUUAAGGGGUUGUGUAAAACCGGUAAUACUGGUAGAGCUGUUAGGUUUCUAAGGCUGAUGGAAAGCAGAGGUUAUGAACCCGAUAAUGUAGCAUAUAGCACUGUCAUUGACUGCCUUUGUAAGAACGGUUUGUUACAGGAGGCUCUCAAUCUCUUAUCUGAAAUGAAGGUUAAGGGCAUUAGACCAGAUAUCAUUACUUACACUUGCUUAAUUCAUGGUAUGUGUAAUUUGGGCCAGCAGGAGGAGGCAACAAGGCAUUUGAAUGAAAUGGUUGAUAACAAUAUUUCACUUGAUAUUGUCACAUAUACGUUAUUGAUUGAUGCUCUUUGCAAGGAAGGAACGAUUUCUAAAGCUGUAGAGAUCGUUGACACGAUGAGAAAGCAAGGCAUUGAGCCUGAUGUUGUCACGUAUAGUAUAUUGGUUGAUGCGCAUUGCAAGGAAGGGAUGGUCUCUGAAGCUGAGGGUAUUGUUGACGAAAUGAUAAAGCGAGGCAUUGAGCCUAAUGUUGUCACGUAUAAUACAUUAGUUAAUGGCCAUUGCUUGCAGAAUGAAAUGGAUAAAGCUAGAAGAGUUUUCAACUUGAUGAUUGAGAAGGGUUGUGCACCUAAUAUAGUUACGUACAACACCAUGAUCAAUGGAUAUUGCAAAGGUAAAAGGUUAGACAAAGCAAUGGAACUCUUUCAUGAAAUAUCUCGAAAGGGACCAAUCCCGGAUACUGUCACAUACAACACUCUUAUGCAGAGUAUGUUUCAGUUAGGGAAAAUUUCAACUGCAUGUGAACUUUUUAGAAAGAUGCUUGCUUCUGGACAAGUUCCAGAUAUGGCGACCUGUUUGAUUUUGCUGGAUGGUUUAUGCAAAACAGGUCAUAUCGAAGAGGCAUUGAAACUUUUUCAAGCAAUGCAAAACAGUGAGUUGGAGCUUGAUAUUGUCCCGUAUACUAUCCUAAUUGAUGGGUUUUGUAAAGCUGGGCAUAUCGAAGUUGCCAAGGAAUUAUUUCAUCAACUCUCAGACAAUGGUUUAAAACCGGAUGUUUACUCGUAUUGUAUAAUGAUUAAUGGACUGUGUAAAGAGGGAUUGCCAGAUGAAGCAUACAGGUUGUUUGGGAGCAUGGGAGAUAAUGACUGUUUGCCUGAUAGCUGCUGUUAUAAUGUAAUGAUUCGGGGGUUCCUUUGCAACAGCUAUACCUCAAAGGCAACACAACUUCUUACGGAAAUGGUUGCUAAGGGCUUUUCUGCAGAUUUAUUCACUGCCACCUUAUUUAUGGAUAUUAUCAUAUACUCUAAUAAAUCAAUCUUAAUUGACUCUAAUGAUUACAACUUGCUUUGUUGCAACAGCAUUAUUUUAAGCCACUCGAGAAAUAUGUUCUACAUCUAUGAGUCUAUAUAUUCUAGAACUCAGGCAAACAUUCAAGUGAUGAAUUUAUAUCGACUUUUGAGAACAGUAACGCUUACCGUCAUCCCUCUACAUUGCAAUGUUUAUUCUAUGAGCAUCUUGAUUAAUUGCUUUUGUCAAUUAGGUCGAAUUGAUUUUGGGUUUUCUGUUUUGGGGAAAAUGAAGAAGUUAGGUGUUGAACCUAGUGCUGUAACUUUUUCAACUUUGAUUAAUGGGCUUUGUAAUCAAGGUAAGAUUUCUGAGGCCGUUUGUAUGUUCGAUGAAAUGACUGAAAAAGGGUAUCAACCUAAUUUGAUUGUUUACAGUACAGUACUUAAGGGGUUGUGUAAGACCGGGAAUACUGAUAGAGCUGUUAGGUUUCUAAGGCUGAUGGAAAGCAGAGGUUAUGAACCCAAUAUUGUAGCAUAUAACACUGUCAUUGACUGCCUUUGUAAGAACGGUUUGUUACAGGAGGCUCUCAAUCUCUUAUCUGAAAUGAAGGUUAAGGGCAUUAGACCAGAUAUCAUUACUUACACUUGCUUAAUUCAUGGUAUGUGUAAUUUGGGCCAGCAGGAGGAGGCAACAAGGCUUUUAAAUGAAAUGGCUGAUAACAAUAUUUCACUUGAUAUUGUCACAUAUACUUUAUUGAUUGAUGCUCUUUGCAAGGAAGGAACGAUUUCUAAAGCUGUACAGAUCGUUGACACAAUGAGAAAGCAAGGCAUUGAGCCUGAUGUUGUCACGUAUAAUACAUUGGUUGAUGCGCAUUGCAAGGAAGGGAUGGUCUCUGAAGCUGAGGAUUUUGUUGACUCAAUGAUAAAGCUAGAAAUCGAGCCUGAUGUUGUUACCUAUAAUGCAUUAGUUAAUGGUCAUUGCUUGCGGAACAAAAUGGAUAAAGCUAGAAGAGUUUUCAACUUGAUGAUUGAGAAGGGUUGUGCACCUAAUAUAGUUACAACACCAUGA